AUGGCUUACAACUACAGAACGGGAGAUCGAACGGUAUCCAAUAUUGUAAAAGAGGUAGCUGUCGUUAUAUGGCAACGUAUGCAACCAAAAUACCUUCCAGAACAUACGGCAAACGUAUGGGAGUCAGUUGCUACCAGAUUUGAACAAAGAUGGCAAUUUCCGCAUUGCGUUGAAGCAGUGGAUGGGAAGCAUGUCGUAAUCAAAAAGCCUGCAAACAGCGGUUCUUCUUACUAUAAUUAUAAACACACUUUUUCUGUGGUUUUAUUAGCUACAGUUGAUGCGGACUACAAAUUUAUCACCGUUGAUGUUGGAGCUGAUGGGAAGAUUUAG